UGUUUAAAUGGGAAUCUAAAUCGCAGAGAGGAAAAGGGACAGAAACCAAGAGAGAGAACAGACAAAAAAAAGUGGAGACAGAUUUAUUUUACGCACGGGAAAAGCAGGGAAACGAGUAAAAGAAAGGAAAGGAGGAGAGAGGAAAAGGAGGCAUCGGAUUUUUUUCCUCUAAAUUUGGCUUCUUUCACUCUCAUGACUCAAAGAGGAUUCCAGUUAAAUUCACCCGGUCGGGAGGAAUUGAUGGUGUCUUUUCGGGGAAGCAGAGCCGAGGGGAGGAAUCUGAAUGCGCUCGGCUGAACCAUGCCAGCUCUGUGGAUCAUAACUUUGGCGAUCACUUUGAACCAAGUGUGGUGCAUUCGCUUCUCUCAGGAGCCCGCGGACCAGUCGGUGGUGCUGGGAGAACGGGUGGUGUUGUCCUGCGUGGUCUUCAACUACAGCGGCAUCGUCCAGUGGACCAAGGACGGCCUGGCCCUCGGCAUCGGAGAGGGUCUCCGAGCCUGGCCCAGGUACCGUGUCCUGCGGGCUCUGGACAUCGGCCAGUACAACCUGGAGAUCUCCAACGCCGAGCUGUCCGAUGACUCUCUGUACGAGUGUCAGGCCACAGAGGCCGCCCUGCGCUCCAGGAGGGCCAAACUCAAUGUGCUCAUCCCCCCUGAGGACCCGGUGGUUGACGGAUCCCCUGAGCUCCUGCUGAUGGCCGGGAAUCCAUACAACCUGACCUGUGUGACCCGCGGGGCCAAGCCUGCAGCACACAUCCAGUGGACCAAGGAUGGAGUCGCUUUGGAGGGAGCCAUCCAGUCCACGGAAGUGCUGCCAGACAGGAAGAGGGUUACAACCAGGAGCUACCUGCCCAUCACGCCAGCCGACACUGACAGCAGCCGCAACUUCACCUGCGUGGCCAGCAACCCGGCUGUGCCGAUGGGCAAACGGGCCAAUGUUAUGCUCAACGUUCACCACCCUCCUAUGGUGACGCUGUCCAUCGAGCCUCGCUCCGUGCUGGAGGGCGAGAGAGUGACCUUCACCUGCCAGGCCACCGCCAACCCUCCCAUCAUCGGCUACAGGUGGGCUAAAGGUGGCGUGCUGCUGGAGGGCGCCAGGGAGAGCGUGUUUGUUACCACAGCAGAUCAUUCCUUCUUCACCGAACCCGUGUCCUGUCAAGUUUUCAACGUUGUGGGAAGCACCAACGUCAGCAUCCUGGUGGAUGUGCACUUUGGCCCAAUCCUGGUGGUGGAGCCCAGGCCAGUUACAGUGGAUGUGGACGCUGACGUCACUCUGAACUGCAAGUGGUCUGGAAACCCCCCACUCACCCUCACCUGGACCAAAAAGGGCUCCAGCAUGGUGCUGAGCAACAACAACCAGCUGUAUUUGAAGUCAGUGAGCCAGGCCGAUGCAGGCCAGUAUGUCUGCAAGGCCAUCGUGCCCCGGAUUGGAGUGGGAGAGACCGAGGUUACACUCACUGUCAACGGGCCCCCCAUCAUCUCCAGUGAUCCGGUCCAGUACGCUGUCAGAGGGGAGAGAGGAGAGAUCAAGUGUUACAUCGCGAGCACCCCCCCACCUGAUAAGAUUGUUUGGGCGUGGAAGGAGAACGUGUGGGAGAAGGAGAAGGGCACCCUGAUGGAGAGGUACACUGUGGAGCAGAGUAAGCCUCCCUCCCAGGGCGGCGCCGUCCUCUCCACCCUCACUAUCAACAACGUCAUGGAGUCUGACUUCCACUCACCCUACAACUGCACCGCCUGGAACUCAUUCGGACCCGGGACCAUGAUCAUCACGCUGGAGGAGACAGAUAUUGUUCCGGUGGGAAUCAUCGCUGGUGGAACGGUGGGCUCCUCCAUUCUGCUGCUUAUGUUUCUACUGGCUCUGGCCUUCUUCCUCUACCGCCAACGCAAAGGCAGUCGCCGAGGUGUCACCCUCGGUAAACCAGACAUCAAGGUAGAGACGGUCAACAAAGAGACCCACAGCCUGGAGGAGGAGGCGGCCGACGUCUCCACGGCAACCCGGAUGGUCAAGGCCAUGUACUCCCCGUUCAAAGACGACAUGGACCUGAAACAGGACAUCAGGAGCGAGAGCGACACCAGGGAGGAGUACGAGCUCAAGGAUCCCACCAAUGGCUACUACAACGUCCGAGCCACCACCCACGAUGAGGCGCGCCCCCAGUCCCGUGCCAUCCACUACCAGGGCGAGUUCCGCUCCCCAAACCCAAACAGCGGACCACCAGGUGCCACUUCCGGCGGACCCCCAGCUGGUGCCAGCGGUGCUGUCCCUCCCAGUGCGGUGCCAGGCUCAAGGGCAGGCUGCUACGACCCCCGCCCCCCUUCUAGGAUGUCCCAUGCCACCUAUGCCCAGUUUAACACCUUCACCAGGGUGGCGCAGAGCCAGCAAGCACCUCCCAAUCCGGCUCUUCAAUCACCUGGAGACUACCCUGGAGACUGCGGGCUGCUGGACAGCACAACCCAGCUGGCUUAUGACAACUACGGAUACCCCUCCCAGUAUCCCAGCUACCGCAUGGGCUUUGCCCCGCCCAUUGAGGAAGGGCCAGCCUAUGAGAUGUAUCCAACAGGACAGGGGAGCGGGCCAGGGCCAGGGCCGGGUCCAGGGCCAGGGCCAGGACCAGGACCGGGACCAGGACCGGGACCAGGGCCAGGACCAGGACCAGGACCAGGGCCGGGAAGUCCUGAAACAGGGCUGGGGCAGUAUGGAACCUCCACUCGCUUCUCAUAUUCGUCUCCGCCCUCUGACUAUUCCCAAAGACACACACAGCGUAUGCAGACUCAUGUUUGAGAAACAAACAGACACACUCUUUGACUGGCUUUUUGCAGCUGCAGCACUUAUUACACAUAAAACAUACUUAAAGAUUAAAAAAAUACAUAUAGAUCCAACAAUCCAUUUUCUGUUUCCAUAGCAUUCAGUGCAUGGAAUUUGGUUAAUUUACUGAACCAAUUAAAACGCUCCAACAGCUCACAGCAGUUAGCAGCAUCACAUAUAAUACAGUCAGCAGCAAUACAUACAACACAUGCAAAGCGACAUUCACACACAUUUGCGCAGACCUUCUGUUGCGUGCAGUGUUUAUGCUCCAACAAAAGCAACAGCGAGAGCCACAAUCAAGAGAAAAGAGACAAAAAGAGAAGAAGAGCACUUUGAAGACAGGAAGAAGAAGAGCGCCAGGAGCUUAUGGAGGGGAGGAGGAACCUUUUUCUUCCUGCAAUCCUUGUCUUGCUCUUGGAUCAUCUCCCUGCAUCACAUUUUUCCUCCCACCCCAUCUCUGUAAAUAAGUGCAAAUGGAGAUUUGGGUCAUUUUUAAAGCUAUUUCCUUGUAAAAACCUGUACAGUGAUGCAGUGAUGCAGUACAGUGACCUACAGCAAACCUCCCUGUAAUCCACACUUUGCAUUUUCUGACUCUCACAUAAUGCAAAAAAACACACACAUACACACAGAUCUUUAAAGACUAUUUUGUUUUGAUGUAUUGCAACAACGGGGCAGCUUGGACUAUAUAUAUAUA